AGUGGUCCGGCCCCCGGACUCACGGGGCGGGUCUUUGAGGACCGCGAGGCGCGACGGAGGCAGAGAUGGCAGCGGCACGCCAGGAGCUGCAGCGGGACCGGGCGCGCUUCGUCUACGUGACCCGCUUCGGCUCGCACCAGUGUGGCGGCGUCCUUCCGCUGGGCGGCCGCAGGGCCCAGGGCCCGAGGCACGCCGGGCUCAAGGACGGCCACAGCCAGGAGAAGCCGCGGGCGGCAGCGCCGCCGAGUCCAGGUUUAACCCAGAAGAAUUUAGCUAAAAAGUUUGACUUCCCCAUACCUUUGAGUGAAACUUCCAAAAUAAUGAAGAAGAACAAAAAGGUUUUAGUAUGGAAUGGAGUGUACAAAAUCAUUUCAAAAAUGCUUAAAGAAAAUGAGAAAUACAGACUUAGGCUGAAAUGCCAACAGUUGUCUAGUGAAAAUUCAAAAGAUACAAAAUGAAUCUUCCUGUCAUCUUCUGGUUUAACCUAUGUCUGGAUCUGUUACCAAAGAAGAUUAUGAAGAGUUUAAAGACGGAAUUUUAACUUGUCAUAAUUAUAUGGUUUGUUGGAAUUAAAACUUGAACAGUUGAGCAGAAGAAACUACACUUUUUAUCAAUUAGUGUUUCUUUGAAAAUUAAUAAAAAUUUUAAAUGUUGUUAUAUGCA